CAUAGGGUUCCUCUGAUGGAUCAGCCUCAUUAGGCUUUCAUUACAGAGUUGAGAAAAAAUUUGCAUCUGGAUUAAUUAUUCAAAGGCUGUGCGUGAUGUUUCUUGAAAGCUUACCUCUGCUUACUGUGUCUUUAAAGUCGCGUGGAGGGGAGCCUAUACUAAAGAAAGGAGGGGGCUGCUGUGCGCCAGUUGGAGGUGUCUGCCUGUCGCUGCGGCUUGGGGCUGACAUUAAGUAGAGCGCGUUCAUGCUUCACUUGGGAUGUACAUCGCAAUUUGAAGGCGUUGGAAUCGCAGGCGAUCAAGGCAAAUGCUCACCGGACGGGAUCUUAAUGGAUGGACGGGGAAAUCCUGCAGUCGCUUUUAAGUUGUCAGCCGAGGCGAUACAUUUCUGGAUAUAAUGGGGAAUACAGCACCUAAGCCGUUAAUAGAUGCAAAUCUGCAACCCCGCCCGGUGGCUAGCAGGCAGUACUACACCGCGCCCAACAGCGGGGCAGGUAUUGAGAGGAGGACAUCCGCUCCCCCCGUCAGCAUCAACGUCGAGUCCCCGCGCUUUCACCCCCACGCCAAAGGAAAGAACAUCAGGCUGGACGGACAGUUGCGCCGCGCCACUCGCAAGAACAGCUUCUGUAACGGCAUCACGUUCAGCCACCGGCCCGUUCACCUUUACGAAAAGGUGCGUUUGCGCUUGUCCGGUGUGCACACCGGCUGGAGUGGAGCUCUGCGCUUCGGCUUCACCAGUCUGGAUCCCAGCGAACUGGUCACCGCAGACAUCCCCAAGUACGCCUGUCCAGACCUGGUGACACGGCCGGGCUACUGGGCCAAAGCCCUGCCUGAGCGACUGGCCGUGAAGGACAACGUCUUGUCAUUCUGGGCUGAUCGCCACGGGAGAGUUUUCUACAGCAUCAAUGAUGGAGAGCCCAUUCUCUUCCACUGUGGGCUCAGCAUCGGCUGUCCUCUUUGGGCCAUCAUAGACAUCUAUGGCAUCACUCAGGAGGUCACGCUGCUCGACAGCACGUUUGCUGAUAGCGUGGGCUCCAGCUGCCUGAGUGCGGCCCGUCUGAGUGCCUAUCUGCCCCAGAGCAGCCACGAUUCAGCCAAUUACAGCAACAAUCAGCUGGAAAACAAUCAGGCCGCCGCCAAGAUGGCCAACCUGCAGCUCAACAACUACACUCAGCUCAUCCCCUGCUGCUCCUCCACCUCUACCUUCUCCACGUCAUCCUCAUCCGUCUCCGCUGCAUUCCCAAGGGUGGCCCGGGGCCUUCCCUCUCUGCUGGACAAUGACUUGCACUUUCAUCCGGUCCGUGGCUCCGAUGUGAUUCUGUCUGCGGACCGCUCCGCCGCCUGCAUCCAUUUCCUGGACAGCAGUCGGACUCUGGUGUUCAGCGACCGGCCGCUGCACGUGGGUGAGACUUUGUACGUGGAGGUGGGCCACCUGGGCCUGCCGUACUUUGGUGCCAUGUCCUUCGGCCUGACCUCCUGCGACCCCGCCUGUCUGCACGCCGGAGACCUGCCCGCCGACCCCGAAGUUCUCCUGGACCGCAAGGAGUACUGGGUGGUGCACCGGGGAUUCCCCAUGCCUUGCUCUGGCGACGUGCUUAGCUUCAGCCUGCUGUCCAACGGGGAGGUGCACCACGGGGUGAACGGAGUGGGACGUGGCAGGCUGCUGUGUGUGGACUCCUCCCAGGUUCUGUGGGCCUUUUUCACCCUGCACGGAGCUAUCAACAGACUCAGGAUACUCGGAACUCUGCAGUCCAGUCCUCCCCCCACAUCUCCCACCACCUCUCAAAGCAGCAGCCCAGAUGACAGUGACUCAGACCUAGUGUUCAGUGUCAACAGAUCCUCCUCUGCCUCUGAAUCCUCUCUUGUGACUGCGCCCAGUUCCCCCCUCAGCCCUCCCACCUCUCCCUGCCUGUCCACCUCAGAGCCGCCCUCUGCUGGCAAAAACGGGGAAUGCACCAUCUGCUUUGAUCAGGAGGUGGACACCGUCAUCUACACCUGCGGACACAUGUGUCUGUGCAACGAGUGCGGCCUGCGGCUGAAGAGGCAGACCAACGCCUGCUGCCCCAUAUGCAGGAGGCCCAUCAAAGAUGUCAUCAAGACGUACCGGCCAUGAUGGCACAGAUGUUUAAACAGGUGCGGCGGGCUCCUCAUCAGGACCUGGUCACCUGUUGAUCCUUCUCAGGCUUUGCUGGACAUCAUUCGUGAUCCCAACCGGAGAUUAGCCACACCCGUAGAUUGCUGUGCCUCUUUCCUUUUUUCCAUUUUAUAUGGGCAAAUCCUAUCCGGAGACUGACUAACUUUGUAAUCACUACCAAGAUGAAGCUCAUCUUUAUACAUAAACUGCACACAAGAGCACCUGUACUUUGGCUAAGCAGGGUGUGAUGUAACGUGCUCCUUUUUUUUAUAUUUUCCAUGUGAUGUCGUCCAUGUCAUGUGCAUUUGUUGAGCAGAAAGGCCUGCUGUGAAUAUUUUUGUCUGUAACGUCAUUGUUCUAGAUUUCCUUGUGCUUUGGCAGAAAAUGUGGACCAUGGUCUCUGACUUAUAGUGCCUUAGAAUUUCAUCAACAUUAUUUGUCCAAGUAAUUAUGCUAACAAUCCUAGCCAUAUUUUAAUGUACUUUAAUGAAAGUUGGUGAUAAAUAAGGGACAAUGAUGAUACAUUUAUGCAAUAAUAGUUGUAAUGGUAAGUAGAAAGAAGGAUUUAGCUGUAUGUAAGCCUGUCCAAUGCUGUGUUUUAGGUGUGAUGGGAAAGUUUGUUUGAAAAAGGAAGUAUCUGGUUUUGCACAUUGAGAGUUUAAUAAAUGUGGUCUGAAUAAGA